UUGGGAUCUUUCCAGAGACUAAGUCCCAACUGUAAAGACUUGGGGUAGUGCAGCGGAAGUUGAGGCAGUUGAACCCUUGUACUAGUAUGUGAGAACAAGUGAUAAUAAAAAGGCAAACAUACAGCAAUAUAUAGAAGAUAAGAAACAGUUGUAGAGUACAGUUGCAAAUGAUGGAGGAUUCAAAAUGUGUAUUGACUACCGCGCGCUCAACCAGAUCACCAUCAAAUCCCGCUACCCGAUUCCGCGUGCCAACGAGCUUCUCGACCAACUUCGCGGAGCUAGGCUUUUCUCGAAGAUCGUUUAACAAAGAGGUUACCACCAAAUUUGCGUCGCCACCGAAGUUUAUAACAAGACUGCGUUCCAAACACGAUACGGUAGCUACGAGUACAUGGAAUUUCUUAGACAAGUGUGUAAUCAUCUACCUCGACGACAAUUUGAUCCACAGCAGAAGCAUUGAACAGCACGUACAAGAUCUUGAUGCAGUCUUCACGCUGCUGCACAAGAACCGGCUAAUCAUAAAGGGGUCGAAGUGUGAAUUUCUUAAGAAGGAGUUGGAGUUUUUGGGACACAUCGUCUCCACCGAAGGCGUAAAGAUCGACUCGAAGAAAAUUCAGACCAUACAGGAGUGGAAGCAGCCGUGAAACGUCAAGGAGCUGUAGAGUUUU